GGCGGCUCUUGUUAUUGUUCCUUGGCGUUUAUGACUUCGUCCAAAUUAUGCCCGCUUUUUCUUCGUUUGUAGGUAAGAUGUGAUAAGUUGUGAAAGAAUUCAACGCAAUGGAUGUAUUUUACUUUUAUUUUGACUGACGUAAGCAGGAUCCUUAGCUCUUCAUAGUCGCUGGGUCAAGCUACCACUGAAGUGACUGACCAGUUCAUAGGAGUGGAGCAUUUUCCCACCCCGAGUGGGACUAUGUGAGUCUGACCGAGAUGGCUGCAGACAGUGAUGGUGAUCUGAUUGAGACAGUUGUAACAUGUGAAGGCGAUCUCAAAGAUCCUGGCUUCCCUGAGAAGUUUAAAUUGAUAGUGCAAGGAUUACGUGAUUUGCUUUGUACUGGUAAUGGUGAAUCACUGCGUGUUGCGAAGGUUGAGCCAUGGAAUUCUGUGCGGGUGACAUUCACCAUCCCAAGGGAAGCAGCACUAAGACUACGUCAGCUGGCACAGGAAGGUGACCAGGCUCUCACACAACUUGGCAUUCUCUCAGUGCAAGUUGAAGGGGAUCAGGUUAUUUCACUACGCAUUGCUGGUCGUUUUGGAGGGGAGGCACAAGAGAUUGUAUUAAGAACAGCCAGUUCUGGAUCUCAUGGAAGUGAUGAAAGUGGAGGUUCAUCAUCUGUCUCGGGGCCCACCCCCAUUGCUGCAGGAAGUGCAUCUGGGAAUUCUGUCCCUUCAUCAAGCAAUGCAUGUCUGACCCAGGAUGGUGCCACUGUUGCUGGCCCAAGCCAUGCAACUAGUGGUACUGUGGCAGGUCUGGCCAACAUUUUGGCACAGUCUGUAGCAGCAACUGUGGGAGUUGCUGGAGUUGCACCUUCCACAGAACAAUUUCGUAGCCCAAAUGUUGUGGCGCCAGCAGAUGGUGACCCCAUUCCUCCAUUUCCACCACCCAAACCUCCUUCAGAUUCUGUGCCUAGCCCUAAUGUGAUACCACCAGCAGGACAGUCUGUUGUAAUGGCCUCAGCUUCUCGGGGUUCUGCACAUCAUUACCAUGCACCCUUCCCUUACGCAAGCAUGAAUCAUGCAGCACAUGCUAUGCAGAGUAGGGUGUCAGAGUCAAAUCACCACCAUCAUAAUUCCACACCUGUGGCCACAGGAACAGGGAGUUUUAACCAUCAUAGUUUUGCAGCGCCACCACCCCCUCCUUAUCCUGGCUCUUCCCCUACACCCACUCAAGGUUCUAGUGGAAGUGUUAGUGGAAAUGCCUUACAACAGCCAGCAUCAGUGCAGCCUUGUAAACCUCAGGCAGGCCAGCCUUAUUGUCCAGCAAAUAAACCAUCACAGCAGCCAGGGGUAGUUGGCCCUAGGACUGUUGGUACCAACAAUGUGGCAUUGUCAAGUCCACUGCUUGUAAAUUUGCUGCAGAAUGAUGGAUCCACAGGUGUCUGUCAACCUACAGCAAGCUCAGGAGCAAAUAAAAUGCUACCUCCUCCGCCAGGGAGUAUCUCAAGUGUGGGAGAUAAGCCAGCAGUAGUUGGCAGAGUCAGAGGUUCACAGCCACAGUCAUUGCAACAACAGCAGCAGCAGCAAAUGAAGAAAGUUUCAGUGCGACGAAGACCAGGUGAACCUCCAACACCAGUGGGUACCAACACGCUCCACCAACAUACAGACUCUACUUCCACUUCAUGCAAGCUUCAGCAGUUGCACCACCAUGCUUCCCAUCAGCAAUCUGCCUUUGUUAAUGCAGUUGGUGUGUCGUCUUAUCAAGUUGGCAGCUCCUCCACAUCUUCUACACCAUCUCCGCCAUCUGUUCGUACUGAUUCUCCAGGCUUGCAUCAUCGGACUUUACUUAACCCACAGCAGGCUCAUGGAAUCUCUGAAUCUAGUGCUGCAAGUCACCAGCCCUCUGGAGUUCCAGUACAGCAGGCAGUCUCAAACUCUGUUGCCGUUGCAGCUUCUGCAUCUGUCCCUACCCUUUCAAAUCAUCAGAUCAUCUCAACAGUCCCUUCACCUCAUCCCCGACAUCAUCCAUCUACAUCAGCUCUCCAGCAGAAGUUAUAUCCCACAGGAACCCCACCAGAGCAAUCUGCAUUUGCAUCCACAUCAAGAGGUCAUCAGAUGCAAGCAGGAUCAUUGUCACAACAGCAUCAAACUCAGCAGCUUGCUCAGCCUGUCACACAUCAUCAACCACAACAGGUGGUUCAGUCUCCAGCAGCGUCUGUUAGGUUACAACAGCAACAGAGACCAUUGCCCCUUGAGAGGCUUCAGACUUCAGCAACACCCAUGGCAGCUGGUGUUGGUACAGUCAUGACAUCACGGAAUACUGGGAACACUGUACUCGCACGUCAGCAGUCUCCACAUUUUACUCAAGGUCCUGGGAUCCAGUCAGCCUCUAACCCUCCUCCAUACCCCCGCAUCCACCAACAGCAGCAGCAUCAACAGGCAAGGCUACACCAGCAGCUUCAACAAAGAACUUUGCAUCAGCCACCAACAAAGGACCCAGGAGCGAUUCAACAACAGACUCAGCAGCAGCCACAAGUGAAACCUUUAACUUAUGGCCUGAGCACCAGUGACUAUUCACGGCCUUAUGGAGAUGCUCGUGGUGUAGGUAAUUCAUCAGCUCUGGUCACAAAUAGUUCUGGCAAACCAGUACAUCAGCCAGUGCGCCAUCAACAAGGUACAAUGCUAACUUCCUCCACAGCAGUUGGGACUGGUCAGAAUACUUCUGUAGGUGGUUGGCAGCUAGCCAGAGUUGGACAACCACAACAGAGUUUUGUCACAGCAAAUCAUUCGAUAGCACAGCAGCCAUCACAGCAACAUCAGCCUCAGAAUAAUACUAGCAUGAUCCAGCAACAAAGAACAGUGUUUCAGCAUCAUUACAUAACUCCACAUCAACAACAACAAUCCUCACAGGAUCAGCAGGGUUGCAGAGAAGUUGGAGAGGCUCUCAAAGAUACUAGUCAUCUGGUGGCAGAAGCAACAGAACCUAUUCCCAGUCCUCCUGCCUCAUCACCACCUCUCACUUCUCGAGGCAAGCGUCGGCAGUUCCUCAUUAAUCCUUUAACAGGUCACUUGGAACCAAUGCCAAGUGAAGAGAGCAGUUCUGAAAGUGAGGCAGAGAACCCCUCCAAUUCAGGAACAGGGGCAAAUUCUAAGCCCAGUGAUACAGCUUUGGAUGAUCCUUUUUUUUACUUUCCUUCUCCUCUAAAUGAUCGAUCUAAUAACUCAUUAUUUUCUGAUGAUGAUGAUGAUGUCAGCAGUACAGGUACGAUAUCCAGGAGAGCUGAUACAACCACUACAACAGAUCAGUCUGAUUCUGAGGCAACUGUGAGGUCAACUGGUAGUGACGGAUCCUCUUCAACUGUUCGGCAUCACCAUCACAGACCUAGGAAACCAUGCAGCCCAACCCAGCAACUUCCAGCUCAAUCAGGGGGCCCAGGAGAGAAGAUCAAACUCCGGCUGAAGCUUGAAAAAAGUGAACCUGUGACUUCAGCUUACAAAGUUGAUGUCUCAUUUGUCAAUGUUCCAGCAGCCAGGAAAACUGAUGGGCGCUCAAGUUCCAUUGCUGGUGGAAGGCUGUUUGGUGGGUCUGCAGGUGGACAGGCAGGUACAACAGGCCCAUCUAGUGUCAGUAGCUGUGUUGGCAUGAGCACACCUGGUCAGACUGGGGAAGAGCCACGAGUUCCUCCCCUACACAUUUCUCUUCGUGGUCGCAAUGCAGCUGUUGUUGUGAGUUCCCAUAAAGAAAGCAGUAAGAAGUGGCAGCAUAACAAGGAUGUGUUUAGUAGUAGUGCCAGUGGUAGCAGCAGUGUAGGUAAAUCUGGUGUGCCAUCUUCUACCAGUAAAAGAUCAUCAUCGUCAGGAAAAAUUAAUCGUUCAUCAAAAAUUCGUGACAGUGCAAACUUGGUGGGAACAGGGGGAACAGACAGUGCACUGGGGGAAGGGGGGGCAGGAGCUGUUGUUAGAAUAAAGAAACCUCCCACAAAUAUUUAUACGACAACAAUACCUGUUACAGCAGGGAAAACAUUCUCAAGUGGUAAAAUUUCAACUAAAACUCUUCUAAAAACCAGUGCAAGUGAUUCGUCAUCUACAAAGAGACAGCAGCACAUGAGUACUUUGAUGCCAAAUGAACGGACGGUGGGAUCAGAUAUUGUUCCUAAGGUUAGAACAAAACUGAAAACUUCUGAUAAGCGAGGUGGUGAACGUGAUCGGGAUCGGGACUUGGAUGAUGUUCCAUUGAAGGCUCGUAUGAGGAACGAACCGGGUGAAAUUGCAGGGUCAGGAUCAGGAGUGAGUUCUCAGCAGCAGCGUGGAGGGAAAAUGUCAAGCAGCAGUAGUACAGCGGAGUCAGGAAAAAAUUUUCCUUCUGGAAUGGAAGAUCCAGAGUUCACACUUUUACGCAAGCAAAUAGAGAAGGAAAGAACUGGAGGUUCCAAGGCAACUGCAUCAGUAACUGAACACAAAGUUUCAGGCGUGAGUGUAGGCAGUAAAGCUAAGCGAAGGGACUCUAGAAAGAAAUCAUCUUCGUGUAAUUCAGGAAAAGAAAGUUCUUAUGUGCGAGAGCAGAGCUUGUUAUCUGGUGGUGGGAUAGUAGACAAUCAGGUUCGUGAUGGUUUGCCAGUUAAUACAGCCAGGUGUAGGAAAGUUGAAUCUAGCCAAAACAUUACCAAUAGUGUCAGUCUGAGUGGGAAAGCACCACGUUCCCCAUCCCCAUCACUGAUUCGACAUAAUAAGUCACAGUCGGAAAGGGUGGAUUCUUUGCAGAAGAAUGUAGGGACAGGCUGUAAAGUGAGUAUGCCUCAGACUGCUGCAGUUAGAAGAGGUAGUGAGAGUGAUGGCAGGGGUGAGAAUGGUGUAAGGAACAGUGCUUCUGAUGAAAAAAGAAGACGACAAAGCCCAGAAGGUAACAAGGAUCUCACAGGAGGUGUUAUGGAUUCUCAGGGUGGAUUAUCCAUGAAAGUGAAAUCGCGUCCCGUUAUAAUGGGAGGGAAUUCCCAGGUGGCAUCUAGCAACACAGCUGCAGUUGUGGACCCUCACAGUGAACAUGCUCAGGACUCGUACACCAAUAUCCCUAGCGGAUCGACAGCUGGUACACUAAAACAGCAGUCUCUUUCUCAUCCAGUGCCAUCAUCCACUAUUCCAUCUAGCCCAAGCAUUUCAUCUUCCUCGUGGGUUGCUGCUGAAAAGCAGCAUAGUUCUACAUCUCAUGUCAUAGAAAGGAACAAAGGAGGAUCAAGAAAGGCGGUGGAUUUACAGCAGAGUAAGAUAGGAACACAAGUGAAUAGGACAUCAGUUCUAAAGAAACUAUCAAAUGACGUGUCAUCUGUUCACCGUAGCAAGAUUAAUCUGCAAGCAAAUGUGAACAGGAUUCCUCGGUCAGUUGAAACCUAUAAGGCUAUUGUAGCAGAAAACUGUGUUACCAAGAAACAAGAACAUUCUCAGCAAAAAGAUUUUCCAAAUCAUAGUACCAUAGCAAAGAGGAAAUUAGAAAGCAUAGAACAGUGUAAAGGUUCAAGAAAUGUAGUCACUGUUGCCAAGCUUCAGGCUAUUGCUAUGGUAGCAACAGCUUCUGAUGUUCCUAAGCAUUCAGAGUCUCAUCCCAAAUCUAUUGACCGUCUUGCUCUAGCCAAGUCUUCCUCACCUACAUCUCUUCCUGUAGGAGACUUAGAUGUAUCGGAAGCAAAGGUGAAGCAGAGACUAUUGGAGGAUGGCCCACCUCCACGGAAGAAACAGUGCGGUAUUGUGGACCAAGUCACCACAAGAUUAAUAGAGAACAAAGAAAAAAAUGUGAAUUCUGGUGACUUUUUGACUGCAGCAGUUGGUGAUACUGUUGUAUCAGGAGGAAACCAGGCUGAAACCCAGGGUGGUGGCAAUGGAGGUGGUGGGGGUGGUGCUGAAAGUCCGUCUGGGGUUGGGACAGGAGAACAGGGCAAUACCCAAGGGGAGGACUCUGGUAUUGAAUCAAUGGAUGCACUCUCAGAGAAGUCUCCCAAUCAAGGUGAAAGUCCUUGCCGUAAGGAAGAAAAGGACAAUGAAUGUUGCCAGUCUGCAGACUCUAAUAAGAAAGUUAUUGCAGUGCCUUCAACGGUGACAUCGGUAUCUUCAGCAAAUUCAAAUCUAACAUCAUCUGGAGACAUUAUAAACCAGUCCAUAGAAAAUACUGAACCACCUCCAGGAAUAACUUCAAAGUCAGAUUGUUUGGUUGAGAAGAAGAUUGAGGGUGAUAACAGUGCAGACAGUGAUAGGUGUUUAGUUAAUGCUUUGAGUACACAGAAGAAGAACAGAAUAGACACACAUGGAACAUCGGGUAGUAACAAAAAAUGUAAUUUUGAUGAUCAGGAGAAGGAUGGGAAAUCAUUGAAUGAAAAUAGUAUGCAGUUAUCAGAUAAUAGUAAUGUCAGUGAAAAUUUGGCAUCAUCUGCUGAAAGAGGCACAGUGAUCAGUAGAGAAGCUGUUAACUGUGGUAAUAUGCAGCAAUCACAGAUUUCUGGCAGCGGAGAUUCCAGUCUGGGAUCUAGCAGUACCUCUGUCAGUGUGUCUUUGUUGGCACCAGCUAGCUCAUCCAGUACAUCAUGUGCCCCUUCAGUAACAAAAACGGUUCCCAUAAAACUUGUCACUAUUCCAUCUUCUCUUCCUCCUUCUCCUGUUAAAGUCCUCGUGCCCAAAAUGGGCUCUUCGUCAUUUACUGGAGCCUCAACAAUUGCUACUGUUACUAUUUCAUCUGCUUCAAGUAUUUUAACCUCAUCAGGCAAUUCUGUAAUUGCUGAUACCAACCAGUCUUUACCUCUGUCUGUUCAACCCACAGUGUGCACCAACUUAUCUGCAAUUAUGACAUCUAUUGGGGAAUCCAAGAAAUCAAACACUGUAGUUGCCUCAGGAGAUAGGCACUCUGUUGAAGACAGAGAUGGGUGCCCAGGCUCACCAACAUUAGAAGAUCCUCAACCAAUACGCAUCACACCACCCCUAUAUACCUACUCCAACCCUGAAAAGCACCGAGAAGAUACGCCUUCCCCUGCAGCUCUUGAUGAUGAUGAAAUUGAUCUCACUCUGUCACGGAAUAAUAACAGGAAAGAUGAAAGUAUCAUUAGCAACAGGCGGAAAAGGAAAAGAAAGCAGGACUUAUUGGAGGGCAGGUUGGAAGCAGAUGACUCACUCUGUGUUGAGGUGGGCAGUGGUGGUGGAAGUGACAUGUCAUCUGGGCACUUUCUAGAGGGGUUGGGUAGCGGUGAUGGUGAAGGUGAUGAUGAUGAGGAGGAUGACGAUGACGACGACGACGACGAUGAUGAUGAUGAUGAUGAUGAUGAGGAUGAUGAUGAUGACGACGAUGACGAUCACACCUAUGUAGCUCGUAGCAGCAAAUCUCAACACCAUUCUGCUCGUCCCAAGUCUUUGCUAGAACAGUUGUUGAUUGAGAUUCCAUCAGAUACUGAGGCUCGGCGAAGUGGUUCACUAAGCACCAGGAAUACUAGGUCAAGUCAGAGAAGCAUUAGUCAUACUCAUAGCCCUGACCAGAAGCAUACCCCAAAAUCAAGCCCAGCUGGUCCAGGUUCAAAGGAAGAUCAUUCAGAAUCUCCCCGCAAUACAUCCAAACCAAGCCCCACAAAUUUAGGAGCACAGCUGUCCAGAGGAAGUAAUUCCACAAAUAUAAGCAAACGAAAGCGUCAAGAAUCUGAGAGCAGUGUAGUGUCAAGUGUAACUACAGUAGAGGAACAGAGGCCAAAUAAAAGGAAAUGCUCAGAGAACGCAGCAGAACUGAUUAAAGCAUGCAUGGGGCUGGAAGAUGUUCCAGCCAAAAGAUUAGCAGGGAAUCCUCAGCAUCCUGACCAUAAGGGCACCAGGACUUCUGCUGCAUUGAAGAGCCGGAGAGCAGGUAUAGCAGCAUCUAGCACAUUGGUGGAUGUAGAUUCUUCAGAUGAUGAGCCACUGAUUGAAAUAGCUGUGAAGGGACGGGGAGCUCCUGGAGUUGGUGCAGAUGAGCGUUCCCCUCCACGGCCAAAAAGCAGACCGAACAGCCGUUCUAGAGAUGAAGAAUUUACAAAGAGCAGCAGUAGCAAUAGUGCUUGGAUUGCUCGUUCAAAUCAUCGGUUGGGUGCAGUCAGUAAGCAUAGUAGCAUCAAUGUAGGACCUCCUCAGCAGCACCAACAUCAGAAUCAGCAGCAGCGUCGAUCUGUCCGCCAAACCAACCCAGGUCUGGCCUCCAGCUCUGGGUUAAAAUCUGCCCGAGGCUCACCACCACCUGUUACAGUGAACACUGCCACUAACAAGCAGGCUGCUAUAGGGGCAAGUAACAUCAGCACCAGAGGUGGAGCAAACAGAAUUAUGCACCAUGAUACUGACAUCAGCACUCGGCGAAAAACAAGAAGUGGUGGAGCAACCACAGAGCUAGAUGGAGCAUCAAGCAAACGAAGGAGAGCAUCCCGUGACGGGAAGUGACCACACGCUAUUGCUGGUUGGCACAACCUACAGCAAGACCAAGAAAAACAAGAAGUGAAUGUUGUGCAGGAUGAAGCAUGUGGAGUUGCAUAACUACCAGAUGACAAAUCAGUUCAUUUUAUUUGUGAUAGCAUUUGAGGCCACGCAUACCAUAAUGAAAUUUGCAAAUGUCCCUACUUCUGUCCCUUUUGUGAAUAAUAUAGAUAAGUGGUUAAAGAGUACCAUAGAAGGCUGUUGCCAAAUGUUCAGUAACAAUUACAUUGUUGAUUAUAAGAAUAAAUGUUACUUCAAGUUGGCUGAUUAAAACUACAGUAUCUGUGUACAUUUCAUUUGUGGUACCAUGAGAAAUAUUGUUCAUAAGAGAAUACAUAAAGAACAGUACAAUAAUGGAUAUAUAAUUUCAUUGCUUUCUUAUUAAAAUUUGUUUUCAACUGUAAUUUUGAUCAUUUUACACUUUUACCUUACAAAGCAAGCAUGAUGAAAUUUGGAGAGGGUAACACUGGCACAGUCAAGGAUUGAGAUGAACUCAGGUGUUGGAAAUGGAAAUUCUUGGGUUAAAGUGCCUUUUGAAUUUUUCAGGGAUUUUAAAAAUCGUUGUGAGGUGGUAUGUAUUAGGCCUUGGAAGUCAUGUCAUCAACCAGAGAGAGUAGCAUAGCUGACCAUGAAGGUGGUGUUUCUUUCAGAUAUUUUGGAAUUUUUGCUGUCUGGUUGUAGCAGAGUGAAAUGGUACACAAGCAGGUACACAGUGAACUGUAGCAUGAGCCACUAUUUAAUUUGUUGCUCAUUGAAAUUUUAUUUUCUCAGAAAUUUUAUAGAACUGAACAACCAUCUACUUGUUAUCCUUAGAUUUUAUUUCCCCACAGUAUUCCUAUCCUUCGUAUGUAGGUGAUACGGGGCAUGCAGUAUAUUUUAAUGGACAAUUUGAAGUACAUUGUACCAAAACAAACCAUAAGAAAAUAUGUCUGUUAUGUAGUUAAGUUUUCUAGCCUGUCUCGUAAUGUUAGAUGAGAUAGCCACUUACAGUAAUUUCCCUACACUUGCAGUUUUUGUAGGAAGUGGUGAAUACAAGUGCUGGUGAAACUUCUUGAUGCCAUACUACAGAUGGAACAUAAAUAUCAGUUGCUUUUUAAUAUCUUUGUCUAAGGUGUAUUACUGUCUCAUAUCUUUGCAAUUUGCAAUGAAUUAUUUGUACCAUUAAGUAAGAAUAGUAAAUUAAUUUUAUAGUUUACUGUCAUGGACCAGGAUUAAGUAGGAAGGUCAGGCCUGUAUUGGAAAGAUUGAUAUAUAUUAUAAAUACAUCUAUUACAGCGGCUCUUUGUGUUGAAUGCACACUGAAGGUAUGCAUGUUGCAAAGAGAUCAGAGACAUCAUCACCUCAAAUUAUUAUAUCCCAGUGUGAUUUAUAUGGAAAGUUCUUGGACAAUGUACAAAAUACUAAUUACAGCAGUUUAUUCAUUGAUUUAGUCUUUGAUGUAGGAUUUUAUUUUAAUGCGGUAAAAAAGUGUUUAUGGAUACUGGCCUGCAAAGCUCCAUGGCUUGCAGACAUCUGAGUUAUGAAUGCAUCUGGACCAUGUUCAGAACAAUCUUAUAGAUAUAGGACAGAGCUCUAGAGCAUAACAGUUGAAGGAGGAAGAGCAGUAUGUAAGGAAUACUGUUGAAAGACUGCAUUGGAAGUUGUGUAUGUUCUGCUUAUACCUCAACAUAGGCUUCAUUCCAGAUCACUUGGAUAAACUUCAUGGUAUACAACAUACCAUUUGAUAACUGGCAUAUUUAACUCGUCCAUUUUUUUGAAUUUGGAUUCAGAAUAAGUAGGCAGUGCUGUCUUUGAGUUGGCCAUAAGAAUUAUAUUUACAGAUCACUGUAUAAGAGAAAAGUGUUACUUGUUGCAUUGUGAUUGACAGAUGUUAGAUGAGUUUUUUUUUCUGCUGAUGAAUGUACAUGAUUGCGGGGGAACAGGUUCAUGUUUUAUUUUGAAGGAGGAUCUACAGAGUAAUCAGAUCUCUGUGUUCAAGAGUGAAUAUUUCAAUAACGAUGUUAAAUUUUUCUUUCAACAUUUUAAUGUAGGAUUGGUGGAAUACUUAGUGUAUUAUCAUGGCCAGUACAAGUUACGUUUAUUUAAUUUUUCCGAUAGUGGUAUGAAUGCAUAGAGCAACACAGAGUAGUCACAUGAUUGAAUUUUAAGAAAUUUUGUUUUCCUAAGACUAUUUUCCCCUGUUGAAUGGAAGUGAGAGUUAAGAUUGUCAAGAUAUUGGAGUUCGUGUGCGAUAAAGAUGUUUUUUUCUAUGAUGGAUUACAUCAAAGAUUUUAUAUGUAUAUAUACAUUUUUCAUUUGUUGGAGAAAGAAACUUAACUUAUGGCAUGCAUGGUGAAGAGAUGUUGUGAGUGUGCACAUUUACAUAUUUGUGGAUGAGACUUUGUGUUUACUGUGUUCAUGUAGCUUGUUCACCCCCUUCUUAGAUUUCAGUAAUUUGUGUUUAAUUUUUCCACUGAACACAAAUGGCUUACCAGGGAAUAGAACAGUCUGUACUUAUUUCAUACUGGUUCAAGAAGAAACAAAGAAAUUUCUUUAAAAUAUAAGUAUUUAAUACCAAAAAGACAGUUAACCUAGUAGCUUUUAUUCCUUGUAGUGUUGAAAAGGUGUGUUUCUGGGAGUAAUUUAUUUGGUUUUUAAUAGCAAAUGCAUCAGAGACAUGCACUUUUAUAAAUGGUUUAUAUUUGUGUGAAUGUAAAUUUUUGAAUUUAUGGUUUUAAAGUAUGAUACACAAAUUUAAAUUUCUUUUAGAGUUUCGUGAAAUUUUAAUAAAAUAAUUAUAUUUUAUCUGCAUAUGAAAUGAGUUGAUUUUUCUAUCCUUGUGCUUGUUUUUGUUGAAAGCCUUGCUGUGAGUAUUGGUAUACAUGUAUAAUUAUUAUUAUUAUUAUUAUUAUUAAUUAUAUUAUAUAAACUUUGUACAAAAAAUAUUAAGAUCCAGUCCCUAGAAGUGGUGAUGUGUAUAUAGAAAACGGAAGUUGUUUAGGUAAAUAUGUAAUUAGCUAUCAGUUGUGCAUGGUUGGUUUAAUUUUGAUUAAUUAAAUCUAUUAGAUUUUAUAUAUAUAUAUACAGGGGAAAUGUGAAAAUGUGUGCACAGUUACAAAGAUAAUGUUAAAUAAUUUUAACUGAUAAGUUUGAAGCAAAGCCAUGUGUCCUGUCUUUUUAAAUCUUUUGAAGGUUGGAAAAUUAUUCCUCCCAGUCUCGAGUUGUGAUCAGUUUUCUCACAUCAGAUUAUCAUCAUCAUCGUCCUUUGUAUAUGUGUGUAUGGGAGAAUGUAUGCUUGAUAUGUGUGAACUCAUUGAACACUAGUAAAGUAAAACCACAACCAUAUGUUAAUAUAUAUAUAUAUAUACAUAAAAGUGAGUUUUUUCUUCAUUCAAAUGGCAUUGUGGGAAAUUGGUGCAUUUUUACUUUUAAUUAAUCCUCUGCCAAAUGUCAGAAGUCGGGGCUAUGGAUGCAUGUGCGUUUUCACCGGAGUUUUUUUAAGAUACCAUUAUAUUAUCACAGUUCUAUUAUUGAUCGAUUAUAUUAUAAAUAUAUAUAUAUAUAAAAUAAUGUAAGUUUUGUGAAAUAAUUUGUAAAUAAUGUUGUACAUAAUUUAACUGAGAAUAGUUUCUAAACAAAACAAGAUGUAUAUUGUACAGAAAUUCCCAGCUAUUAUAGGCUUCUUUGUAUUUUAGUACAUACAACAAUGGAAACAAAACAUUGUCAUUAUUACUAUUGUAGCUUUGGAGUCAAAUGAAGUCAUUUAAAGAAAAUGUGGAAUCAGUUAUUGUACCUCACUUGUAGCUGUAGUGAUCUGUUAAUAGAAAAAAGAACAAUUAUUGUGUUACUCUUAA